GGAGCCUCCAGACAUCCCCGCCCUCCUCCCUCCCGGACACCGGCCGAGCCCCACGCCAACAUGUGCCACACCAGCUGCUCCGCGGGCUGCCAGGCUUCCUGCGGCUCCUCUGGCCCCUGCCAGGCGUCCUGCUGUGUGCCCGUGAGCUGCUGCCAGGCGUCCUGCUACGUGCCCAGCUCCUGCCAGGCGUCCUGCUAUGUGCCCAGCUCCUGCCAGGCGUCCUGCCGCGUGCCUGUGAGCUGCAAGCCUGUUGUGUACCUGCCUGUGAGCUGCAAGCCUGUUGUGUGUGUGACCUCCUCCUGCCAGUCCUCCGGGUGCUGCCGGCCCUCCUGCCCCACCCUGGUCCUCAGGCCUGUUCCCUGCGGCACCCCUAACUGCGGCUAGCCCGUGGCCUCCUGGGACCCCUCCUCCGUGGGGCCAGAAGCAGCUGCUGUCUGAACUCCCGGCAGGCAGACCUCGUCCACCUGAGACCUUCUGACCUGACGAGACCAUCUUACAGCAAAGCCGCCUGAUCCCCACUAACCAAGCGGACAGAGUCACCCCCGGCGUCCCCCGACCCCAGCCCGGGUCGUCCACACGGCACCCACCCUGGCUGGUGCAAGCGCCCAGGCUCUGCAGCCGCCAGCACUGAGCUCUAAUAAAUCCCAGAGUGCAUGUGAAGCCCA